CGCAGCGGUUUUCAUAAGAGGCGAGUAAAGAGCAGAAACUUUGAAAAUGAUUAAAUUCUUUUUGAAUUGUUUGCAGUUUCAAAGCCCUUUCAAUGAAUUCAAUGAACCUGGAAUCCAGAGAAGGGGAAAAUAAUAAAACGAUUAGAAAAGACAGAAAGAUAGAAAGAUAUAAAAAAAAGGAAGAUAGACAGGUGUGUGGCAUUGCUGACUAAUUAUUUGUCAUCGCUGCCCCCUCUCGCCUCGCUCUUUUUUCAGCGUGUAAUUGUAAACAUACAUAUACUAUAUCACUCAAUCGCUUCAAUGGAUUCGGGCUGGAAACCCCGCCUGUGGGCCGUCCCUUGCCGAGGCAUUAUAUUAUAGCAAGACAAGCCUGUCUCCGGAGACAGAUCUGUACUCUGCUGCUCCAGAUCGAGGCUCACAGGGUGCCUCCAGCGCUCCACACCAGCCUCUACAACACACACACGCAGAGACGUUGCUGCUGUCAGGACUGCUACACCUGCUCUGCCGCGCAGCUGAGACGAGACCCCAACAGAGGAGACACUUAUCGGAGAAGAUCACCCUUCUUCUCGGGGAGAAUGAAGCUCGAAGUUUUCUCGGCGCACCACUUCGCGCAGAAGCCGCUGGAGUUGUGUAUGGACGCCGAGGGGGGAGUGCCUUCUCCUCUGUCCGGAGACGAGCUGGGGUCGGACGGGGACUGCGUGGCCAACAGCCCGGCACCUGUCGCCCAGGGCGGCGACGGCGGCAAGGGGAAGCCUUACACCCGCAGACCCAAGCCCCCUUACUCCUACAUCGCCCUCAUCGCCAUGGCCAUCCGGGAGUCCAGCAGCGGCCGCCUCACGCUGGCUGAGAUCAACGACUACCUGAUGAAGAAGUUCCCGUUUUUCCGCGGAAGCUACACCGGCUGGAGGAACUCGGUGCGCCACAACCUGUCCCUCAACGACUGCUUCCUCAAAGUGCUGCGGGACCCGUCCAGGCCCUGGGGCAAGGACAACUACUGGAUGCUCAACCCGCACAGCGAGUACACCUUCGCUGAUGGGGUGUUCCGUCGCAGGAGGAAGCGCAUCGCCAAGAGGCCCGCCAAGGAGCAGGAGAGCCAGGACAUCCUCAGCGAGGACACCCACCUCCCCGCCCCGGAGGAGAGGGUGGGGGCCAAGUUCUCCAGCUCCUUCGCCAUCGACAGCAUCCUCAGCACACCUUUCAAACGGAGGGAGGACAGCCACGUUGAUGCAGACGCCCUCGCCCCCCGGCUCUACUGGCCCCCGGGGGCCCACGUACUGCCGUAUCCUAUGAACUACCCGGCACAACACGUGUACCUGUCGGAGGCGGCGUACAGCAGCACAGAGCCCGGCAGGGAUGCGCUCACAUACCUCCAGCAGACAGCGCCGGCCAUGAGCGGACCUCAGGCCGCUUUCAAGACGCCCAGCAAGGCGCGGGGCUUCCAUAUAGACUCCCUGCUGUCCUGAGACGCCCGGACUGAUGUCAGACUUGUAUGUUUUGACCCAUGAUGUGCACUUUUAUGGGCGCUCUUAGCUUUCAGUGCUUUAGCUGUUUAACUGUGUGGGACUCUGUCUGUCUCAUCAUAACUACUGUAAGUCAUUUUGCAGUAAAAAAAACAACCAAAAAAAAAAC